AUGAACAGAUUAUUCGGCGCAAAGUCCUCGACCCCAAAACCCACCCUCAGUUCCGCCAUAUCCAAUGUUGACGAACGCAUCUCCACAAUCGACGUCAAACUCGCCUCCCUAAACGCCGAACUAACCUCCUACCAAACCAAACUCUCCAAGAUGCGCGACGGCCCCGGAAAAACCGCCAUCAAGCAAAAAGCGCUCAAAGUCCUCCAACGUCGCAAAAUGUACGAAGGCCAACGCGACCAACUCCAGCAGCAAUCCUACAACAUGGAAUCCGCAGCCCUGAUGCAGGAUAAUCUCCAAAAUGUCAUGACGACGGUGUCGACGCUCAAAACGACAAAUAAAGCCCUGAAGAAACAGUAUGGCAAGAUUGAUAUCGAUCAGAUUGAGAGGAUGCAGGAUGAGAUGGCGGAUUUGAUGGAGGUCGGGAAUGAGAUUCAGGAGAGUAUUAGUCGGAGUUAUGAUUUACCUGAGGAGGUGGAUGAGGCCGAGUUGGAUGCGGAGUUGGAGGCGUUGGGGGAGGAGGCUGAGUUGGAGGGGUUGAGUGGGAUGGCCGAGGGGACGCCUAGUUUUAUGGUGGAUGAAGUGCCGAGUUUUAUUGAUGAGCCGCCGCAGAAAGUGGGUGAGGUUAAGGAGGCUGCUACAUGA